AUGGCGUUCUCUAGGAACCUUUUAUUAAUUUACUGUCUGGUCAAUCAUCUAACAUUUGGUGGUGCUCGGAGAAGUCAAUCAUUCAAAACUUACUGGAGAAAGUCAAGUGAGUCUAUGGUACGUGAAAGAAGGAAUACAGAAGGUUCAGAGAAGGAGAGAACUUUGAACAAACAGAAAGAGGUGGUCUUAGGCCUUCUUAUCCCAUACAAAGUGACCGGUGGUGCUGAUCUUAGUGGUUAUAGUGGAGGGGAAUACUACGCAGCAGCCUUCAUGCUUGCAAUAGAAGAUAUUAAUAACGAUACAAUGCUGUUGCCGAACAUCAAAAUUCGUUACGUAUGGAAUGAUACAAUGUGCUUGGUUGAUCUUGCUAUAAAGAGUCAAUUAUGGCAGCACAGUUCUUUCCAAGGUGAAGAGCGUACUGGUGUUGACGCCUUUAUCGGCACAGGUUGCAAGUGCACGACAGUUGUGAGGAAUGCUGUUGCUCUUAACAUGCCAAUUAUAUCACAUAUGUGCCUGGAUCCUGAGCUAGCCAAUAGAACAAUUUUCCCUACCUUUGCUAGAACUGCAGCGAUGUACAAGCAUUUGACCCCAACCCUCAUUGCCUUACUUGAUUCUUUCAAAUGGAAAAGGGUUGCAGUUUUUAUUGAACGGACAGCCUUAGACGAAGAUGCUGCCGAAUAUGUAGUAAAGAAGAUGAAGAGUGAAAAUAUUACUAUAGCAAUAAAAAAUUAUCUGCCAAGUCCGCCGAACCAUGUACCAACUCUUGAUGACAACCAUGAACUCGUUAUCAAAAUGAGAGAAGCAAAGAGGAAAGCAAGAAGUAAGCAUCAAUUUAAAUAG